GGCUGCAACAGAUCGAGUGCGAGGACCCAAACUGUUCAGUGAAUCCGUAAGCGCCCACCAUAAGGAAGUAACCGAUUCCCGUGAACUUGGCCCUUAUUACGGUUCUUACUUCCACGUUCACUUUAACUUCACGCACACAUCACUUCACUUGUUUUUACCUAUUGUGACGUACAGUGAAGUGAUGAAAAUGAACUCCGUGAAGUGACAGUGAGGUGAUGUUCGGAAUAGCCCUGUUCAUUUCUCGUGACGUUCGUAUUCGACUGCAAAGAACUGUCAUGUGUUUUGUUUUGAAAAUCGAUAGAAAUUUCCCUGCAAGUAAAGUUUUUUUUUUUUGAAAAUGAGUGUGGAAUUAUGGUUUGAUACCGACAGUGAAGACGAAGAGGAAUAUUCCAAUCUUGCUGUCGAUCGAAGGCGGAUAAGUGAUAAUUCUAAUCCGUUGGAUCAAACCGAAAAAUCUUUCAUUCAAUUCUUCAGAGUAUCCAAGGAGAUUUUGAAAUACCUACUGGAGAUAAUCGAUGCAAAAAUCAAUCCAGUACAACUGUCCACGUCAGUGCCUCCAAUGAUCAUGCUGGCAGCUUCGUUGAGGUUUUUUGCAGAAGGCAACUACCAGAAGGGCGUAGGUAACGAUAGAUUUAUCGGAUUGGCACAACCAACGAUGUCUAAAGUGCUGCAACUUGUAUUGGACAUUAUUGAAACCGAAGUGUGCCCAGCUGUAAUCCAGUUUCCAUUCGAAGAAAGAGAAACAAAUGCGAUUAAACUGGGUUUCUACGAUAAAACUGGAUUUCCAGGAGUAAUCGUAUGCGUACAUGGAACCCACGUAAGCAUCAUCCCUCUGGCUCGCGACAAACACCUGUUUUACCGAGGGGGGCGACACAUUCUAAAUCUCAAUUCUAGAUGCUCAAAAAAUCUCACACUAGCGAAUAAAUCUUCGAAAAAUCUUCUUUCAUUUCUCGCAUCUACUUGCUUCGCACAUCAUCUUUUUGCAGGAAAUCUUCAAUAUCGUGAUAAAUCUUCUUUCUAUCUACUAAACGUACGCGCAGCUAGCCACAGCAAAACAUAAUAUUUC